AUGUCCAAGUCCAAGAGGAUCAUCACCCCCGCUCGACGGGAACAGAAUCGUCGCGCUCAGCGGGCGUACCGGCAACGACGGAGAGAGUUUCUCACGGGAAAGCAGGAGCAGGCUGGUUCGAAACGGGAGUUGAGACCUGCGCCUGCGCCUGCACCUGCGCCUGCACCGAUUAAUACCGACGGUGAAGAGGUUCUGGAUGUGCCUAGGAAGACACGCAUGCCCGUGCCCGUGCCCGUGAUGCUGACGGUAGAUCAUUUCUUUCCAUCACGUAACCCAGACAGGAAAAGCGACGAGGAAGAAAACGUCGAAGAGGAAACAACCACACCGCCAGAACCCCCCCUGUUCAACACCUACACCCUCCUCCUCACAGCCUGCGUCUACAACGCCGCAACCCUCGGCAUCAGCGUCGCCCAGUUCGCCAGCUACAACUGCAUGUCCCUGUGUUCGCCUUUCUACCGUCCCUACACCGCCAUGUCGGACGAUCCGGCAUUCCUCCUGGCUAGAGUCACCCAUCCAGCCAUCCCAGUCCAUCUCCGCCCGACCCUCCCCCAGAUUCUCUUCCCGCAUCACCCGCUCCUCGACCUGCUCCCGCUGCCUGCGCUGAGAGCAAAAGCAAUCACCUUCGCUGCCACCGCGCCAUCCCUCCUCGACGCAGUCGACUUCAAACUAGACAUCGUCGAAAGAGGGGGGAUUGUAUGCUCAUCCGCCCCGGGAAUGCAACCGUGGGAUAUGCGCGCCUGGACCAUCGCCCCCUGGUUCAGCAGGAAGUGGCGGUUACUCUCCCAGCCCUGA